AUGUUAGGCUGCCGUCAGAAGUCACAUGGUUGUUGGGGGAAUGAGGCCAGGUCUCUGAAUUGCAACCAAGAGAACUGCACUGCCCACAGCAAGCCGAGUGAAUACCUGGUCCGUACCAAAAACCAGACUAGCAGGAUCUGCUGCUGUGCCGGAGACUACUGCAAUAGAAACGUGUCUGAUGCAUACGUCCCUCUGCCCUCCACAAAGCCAACAGUCACUCAGUACAAAGUGAUAUCAGACAAAAUGAAUUACGACAUGGAGAGAACUAUUCUCAUUGCUGUCAUCCCCAUCUUCUGUGUCUCGGUUGCCAUAGCAAUCAUGUACUUCAUCUUCCGCAUGAGGCUGCAGCGCUCCACCAAGGCCCAAAUGAGCCAGUUGCCCAUGUUGGAAGCCCCUCCCCCAGAGCCAACCUUUGACCUUGACCAGCUAAAGAUGAUGGAGCUUGUUGGGCAAGGAAGAUAUUGCAAUGUUUAUCGGGCUGCUCUGAGUGAGAAGGAGAUUGCUGUGAAGGUGUUCACAGGAUCCUCCAAGCAGUGUUACAUGAAUGAGCUUGACAUCAUGGGUCUUCCCCAUAUGGAGCACUCCAACCUUCUCCAGUAUGUUGGAUCUGGAGAUCGCAUGGGGGAGGAUGGAUGGGUGGAGCACCUCCUGGUGGUGGAGAUGAUCUCCAGGGGAUCCCUCAUGUCAUACCUGAGGGAGAAUAGCUACGACUGGCACACCAUGUGCAGGCUGGCUCAAACCACUGCUGCAGGAUUAGCACAUCUGCAUCAGGUCAUAGACACUCCAGGUGGCCUCAAACCAGCUGUUGUUCAUCGAGACAUCAACAGUCGUAAUGUGUUAGUGAAUGCUGAAGGUAAUUGUAUCAUUGGUGAUUUUGGCUUUGCCAUGAAGGUCUGUGGAUCCAGUGUGGUUGGAGAGGCUGAUGGUGACAAUAGUACCAUCACUGAUGUGGGAACAGUACGCUACAUGUCUCCUGAGGUUCUUGAUGGUGCCGUCAAUCUAAGAGACUGUGAGUGCGCCCUCAAGCAGGUGGAUGUGUACGCUCUCGGACUUGUCAUCUGGGAAAUUGCAAUGAGAUGUAAAGAUCUAUAUCCCAGGGAUGAAAUAGGUAACUAUCAGAUGCCCUUUGAAGAACAAGUUGGGCUUCAUCCAACAUUUGAAGACAUGCAGGUCUUAGUGUCAAGGGAGAGGAAGAGACCUCAAUUCCCUGAUGCAUGGAAACAGAACAGCCAGGCUCUAAGAAGUCUGAAAGAGACCAUCGAAGACUGCUGGGAUCAUGAUGCAGAGGCUAGACUUACUGCACUGUGUGUUGAGGAGCGCAUCAUUGAACUGAUGGUUCUUUGGGACAAGCACCAUACAGUUAGCCCCACUAUCAACCCCACCACCCAGGGGAAUGCCAUCCCUACCCACACCAUGACAGACUACACUGCCCGACCAAUGGAUAUCAUUGCUACAGAGUAUCCGGGUAUUGCUAGACUGGCUGAUGGUACAAUGAUUGCUGUAAGAAGCAACGGUCAGCCUGUGCUUGGUGCAGCCAGUGAUACGUCUGGUACGGCAAGUGAUACAAAGAACCAUCAUGGCCUUCAGUCAUCAGUGAGCAGUGGUUUGGAGAAGAACGAGCGCUUACGACUCCUGUCUCCAGAUACCAUCAGUACCAGCCUUUCCUCACAAUCAGACCUCAAUCUUAUUGAUCUGACUGCAUCGGCUCCACCAGUCGAUCCAAAGAACUUGCAUCAUUCUGAUGACAGCAUUGAGAGGUACACCACUGAUCUCAAGUAUGGUCCUUCACAGUCAGGACCCAAGUACUGUGAUGGCUUUAGUGAACCUUCCACCUCUCCUAGUAGGCCUUUGGUUGUGAAUGAAAUGAGGGCAGGACUGAGCAAGGAUCAAAUGACAGACAAUCUAUCUCAUGGAAUGGGAAAGCUGAAGAACAAAUCCUCAAGUAUGCCAUCCUGGAAUCACAUGAAUGGAGUUGAUCCUCGCUCACGUGCUGUGAAGCAGCCGGUCAAUAAGGCCAAAUUAGACACUAACCUGCAUCGCCAGCAGGCAAGGAGUACCAGUCCCAAGCAGCCCAAUCAGAAUAAAUAUGAUGCAUCAGAAAGUUCUGGAGCCAGCAGUGAAGGGGCUAGUGUGAGUAGAGUAUCCCCUAAUAUAAACAUACGUCCUAACAGCUUGCCUCUUCAGUCUACUCACAGGGGAUCAAAGAAAAAGCUGAUGGCUGUCUAUAUCCCCAAAGCUGGCCCUACCACCAAAGUCCAGACAGGCAUUGCAAAGAUGGAUAGUGUGGCACCUUCCUGCCAUCAGGUCAAAAUGGCAGCCAACACCCACAAGCACCAGCAGCCAGCUCAUAAUGUUGUGGAAAAGCUACAACAUGGAAAUGUACAAAAUCUAGAACCAGGAGCAGAACGUCCCCACUCAUGGGCUUGUGAUAGUUCGUCCAGUAGUGACCAUUCACACGAGAUUGAUCGAAGAAAUGGAAAUGCUUCAGGCUCCACAUCGUGCAUAGCGAAAGGAGACAAUGGCAAGAGAAAGGUAACUCCUUUCCGACUUCUCACAGAGAAACUGUCCAUCCACAAAGGAAAGGACAAGAAAGAUCCCAAGGAUCAUACUGACUGCAAUGGAGUAAACAACCAGAAUCCUGGAGAACUCAAUGUGAACAACAAUGCAAAGGCUGUAGCUCCUCAGACCUUGGCCAAUGGUAGUGACAAUGACUCUACUGUAUGUUCAGACCUGAGUAAUGGACAUGCUGGCGUAACUCUUAAUGGUGAUGCCUAUCCUUUGAAUGGUAAACUAGUCAAUGGCAGUGCAAAGCUUCAAGCUAACUUUGAACUAGAAUGUGUUUAAGUGAUUGGAGCAUGGUUAUUCAGCUGUACAAAAAAGCUUUUAUAAGUAUAAAAGUAGCCACAAGUCUGUUUUCACUCGUUAAUAUAUUUUCAAAACAUUUAAUUUGAAUAUUGGCUGAUUGAUGCUUUGCAGUGAUAAGUAUAAUUCUUUCACUUUGCAUAUAGUACUCUUGUAAGUAAGCUUUUGCAAAUGCUACUUUAAUAAUUGAAAUAUAUAAUUUUUAACAAUUUAUUUGACAAAUUUAUAAUGUACCUGUAUGCAUAUGUAAUAUUUACUGAAAUCUGAGAGUAUAUGUCUUUUCUCAAUUUUUAUGAUAAUGUUUAAAUGUAUAUUGAUGGAAAUGGGUUAUAUUGGAUAAAAUGUGCAUUGCAUAUGUUAUUCCUAGGGCCUUGCUCUAUCUGGGAUUUGCGUCAGUUUUCAAAUAUGUAGCUUAGAAUUUCUUUGUGCUAUUAUACUGUAUGAUAUAUACAUGUAUAUUUCUUUGUCAUGGUGAUAUGAGUUUCAUGUUGGUGUGCUAUAUAUGCUUGAGUUUUUACACUGUUUUAAAUUAGAAAAAAAAAUCAUUAGAAUUAUGUGACAUGAUUCCUAGCUCAUAAAAAUGCAUUGCAUGUUACAUGGUGAGGGAAAACAUACAAAAUAAUUUCUAUUCAAAUUUAAAAGUUAAUAUUUCAAUAUUAGGGGGGUGUGAAAUGGACUGUGAAAGACUGCAUAUAUUGAUUUUAAGGGGCUGUCAUCCCUAGAUGUUUAAGCCAGUGUACAUGUAUACUGAAUUGCUGAUGUACGUAGACUAUGGCCAGCAGCUUUCUUUAUCCAAUUUCUUGAAAAAUUGCCUUUUGUUAACAAUACAAAAUUACAAAAUGAUCCUUCAUAUCAAUUAUCAAGAAUAUCAAUUAUUGAUAUUUUGUGUUAACAAAAUGCAAUUCUUGAUAAGAAUGGAACCUUUGAUAUCAAGAAAUGUAAUUAAUGGACAAAAAGGCUGGCCAUAUGUACAUACAGUAUGUCAGCAUAAGCUUGCUAAAAACCUCCAUGUAUGACACCCCCUUUAGAUACUCAAUUCAAACACAUUUUGUUAAGGAAAAAUUGUUUUAGAAGUUAUUUGAAUAAUUGAAUUGAUCAUUUCAAUUAUUUUACGAAAAAGUCAGUGGAAAAGUUAGUGAAAUCUUCUUUUCCAUGUACAUUUUCAGGACUCUUGGAUAGUAUAAGGUAAUGUAAAUCAAUUUUGUCUUUAUUUUAGUUAUCACAACUCAACAUAACCUUUAACCUAAUAAGACUGGGAGGGGGAGGGGGGGGGUUGAUUCAGCCCCCUCAACAUUUUUCGUGAUUAAUCUGCCACGCAAAAUGUUUUGACUGCGUCACUCACUGACUUUUUACAUUCAAGUCUUGCACAACUUUUGAGAUGAAAAUUGUGUCUCCUGGUUACACGGUUCCGAAAUUUUCACAACAUUUUGUUAGUGCUUGCAGACACAAAAUGGCUAAAAAAUGUGAAUUCGUGUACAAAUCCAAUGCAAAUAAUGAUUUCAGCCAAAAUUCAUAAAUGCAUGUAUCAUUAUUUUUCCUUUUACUUAUCAAAAUAAAUUAAUACCAUCUUGUUUAUGGUCAAAAUUAAGUUCAUGACAAUUUCCAUUGAAAAAAAAAAUAAUAAGUAGAAAAACAAAGAAAUGCAUGAGAAAUUUAGAAAACAACAAAAUGAAUGUACAUUUUGAUCAGAUUCCUAUAAAGGGUUUGUGAACCAAAAAUUAUAAUUUAAGGGGCAUUAUUUAGUAUAAUCAGAGCAAACUUUUGAUUUUACACAUAAAUUAGCAUGAUUAAUUAGCCAUUAAUUUUCGCUGCGAUCGCAUGAUUGACGGCCGAGAUCAUGAUUCAGCCCCCCCCCCCCACCCCCUUCCCCCAGUCUUCGAAAUAGCCCAGUCUAUUUAGGGUUUAAAAAUGAUAUAUCUAAGUAUUCUAUUGCAUACGCCCAUUAUCAAUGGUAAAUAAAUCUGCUCUGGUAGUACUUAUAGUAAGUUAUCAUUUCAUUCAAUAAGUUGCUAUCAUUGUAAAUAUGCCCAUAGAUUUUUUUUAUAAAUACAUGUAUAUACACUGUAUAUGAUUCAAUGAAAUUCAUCGUGGAAAUGUACUAAUUUUUGUUCAUGUAGCUUUUAUUGACCUUUUGUUUACUUUGUCUUUAAUUCACAAAAUGUGUGAUUUUUUAUACGUACUAAACUUCUUCAUAAUAUAUGCAUCGAUCUUCACACCUUUUUGAAAUAUAUUCCACAUUUUACUAUGUUUUGUAACUUUAUCAUAACAUCAUUUCACAUGAUUUUAAAUAGCCUUCAUGUAUAAUUAAUGCUAUUAUUGCUUGCAAGAUUUUCAUGAGUGAAGAGAUUGUUGUACACAAUGCACAUUUGGCACUUAAAUUAUCUGCAUUGUUUUACCUGUAUUGCAAUAUUUUUCAACUUAAAUUGGAAAUGAGCUCUACAUGUACACAAAAUAUCGACUUCUUUGAAUAAAAAAUUAAAUUAGAAAUUAUAA